AGCCAUCAAUUUAUCAUCACAAAAUCCCUUCUCCAUAUACUUACCAACCAGACAUUCAGUCUAUGCCUUAAACACACUCUCUUGAUCUUCUUGUCCAUUUUUUUCUUUGCGAGUCUUAUCAAAUAUGGCAUUGGCAGCAGCUGAGAAGAUGGCCUUAAGAUCACCAUCCUCAGCUUCUGCUGCCAUUGCAAGACUGUCCCUGCCAUCGUCUUCUAAUUUACCAUCCAAACCAUCUCUAUUGAGACCAAUCUCGGUUUCUUUACCAGCGUCGACAGCCAUCUCUCUUUUAGCUGUUUUCGCUCCUCCUCUUGAGGCCAAGGCCCUCCCUAAAGAUCAAAUUGUCUCCUCUCUUACUCAAGUGGAGAAGACUAUUGAUCAAGUUCAGGAAGUUGGUUCGGGUUUUCUCGAGACUGCUCAACGAGUUUUUGGAGUUGUUAGUGAUGCAUUGAAGCCUGGGGUAGAUGCAGCAAUGCCAAUUGUAAAGAAAGCUGGAGAUGAAGCGUUGAAGAUUGCUUCUCCGGCUAUUUCCGAAGCAUCAAGGAAAGCUCAAGAAGCAAUUCAAAGUAGCGGCAUUGAUACAGAGCCAGUUCUUAGUGCUGCUAAGACGGCUGCUGACGCUGCACAACAGACCUCAAAUGUGAUCGUAGGCAUGAAACCGGUAGCAUCAUCCACUGUCGAAUCCAUUUUGUCAGCGGAACCUGUGGUGAUUGUAGGAACUGCUGGAGCAAUCUUUCUCGGAUACCUCCUUCUGCCUCCUGUUUUGUCUGCCAUCUCCUUUAAUCUCCGUGGAUACAAAGGUGAACUGACUCCUGCUCAAACCUUGGAUGCUAUAUGCACCAAAAACUAUGUUAUGGUCGAUAUACGCUCAGAGAAGGACAAGGACAAGACGGGUAUUCCCCGUGUCCCCUCCGGUGCUAAGAACAAGUUGAUUGCAAUUCCUUUGGAAGAAUUACCAAGCAAGUUGAGAGGCUUGGUCAGAAAUGUGAAGAAAGUAGAAGCUGAAAUAACAGCUCUCAAGAUUUCAUAUCUUAAGAAAAUUAACAAAGGCUCUAACAUUGUUAUCUUGGAUUCGUACUCGGAUGCUGCAAAAAUAGUUGCCAGAAGUCUAACAAGUUUGGGGUUCAAAAAUUGCUGGAUAGUAGCAGAUGGAUUUUCUGGAGGCAAAGGAUGGUCACAGAGUCGUUUAGGAACAGAUUCAUAUAAUCUAUCUUUAGUUGAGGUUCUAUCACCAUCCCGAAUCAUUCCUGCAGCAUCUAGACGCUUCGGAACAACCAGCACAAAGUUGCUUCCUGGAUCUGACUAAACUUUUUUGCAGAAAUGCUUGAAUAUAUGCACUCUCAGUUUAGUAUAGCUCUCUUCAAAUACAUCUUGUAAUUCUUUUAUUAGAGUUAAAAACUAAAUUUUGUA